AUGGCGAGGGUGCGGAUCGAGGUCUGCAUGAUCUCCGCCCGGGGUCUCCGCCGGUCGUCGCCGCCAUGGAAGCCUCAGUGGUUCGCCGUGGGUUGGGUCGACGCCAACAACAAGUACUGCACCAGGGUAGAUAGCUCGGGGAGCUCCAGCCCCACCUGGAACACCAAGUUCUCCUCCAUUAUCGACGACGGGGGGAAGGAUUCGGUGCUCACGGUGGAGGUUUACAGCAGAGACCCCUUCUUCCUCCGAGAGAAGCUCCGGGGCACCGCCACCGUGAACCUGACCGAGUUCCUGCGCAGGGCCGGCAACGGCCCCGCCGGACCGGAGGUGAUGAGCUACCAGCUGAGGAAGAAGAAGUCUUCCAGGGCGAGAGGGUUCGUCGACGUCUCCGUUCGCGUCUCCGACGGUGAGCAUGGAUCUUCAUGGCAGAAACAAAAUAAUUUCUUCAAAAAAAAUAAAUCUACACCUGUUAUCUAGACUCAUCGAUGAUUUUUUUUUCUAGUUCGUGGAAUCGGGGAUUUAGAGAGAUCUCUGCUUCUGUUUCCUUCUCCAUCUUAACCUAAUCUAGCUGCAGGCAGUCGCGACGGAAGCCGGGACUGGGAUAGCGGAAGCGGCAUCUCCCUGGUAGUGGACGACGGGCCGAGCUUUCCUCAUCGGAACGAGCCGCCGAUCUAUCCAACGGCUCAGAACGGGAUACCUUCCGGUAACUACCCGAACCAGUUGCCGACGGGGAUGGAGCAGCGGCGGCGGCCGGGGACUCCGCCGCCGCCGUCGCCGCCGGCGAACGCAGGCUUCAUCCCGUCUUUCUUCCCGGGAAUCAGCAGGCUGCCGGAGAGCUACGUGAGCCAACCGAAUUCCGGGAGUACGGUGGCGCACGGCGGCGGUAGUGCGUUCGGAGCAGGUGUCGGAGCUGGGGCUCUGGCGGCGGGGGCCGUCAUCUUCGGCGACGAUUUCUUGUGGGCGCAGGAUAUUCCGCUGGCCUUCGGGAGGAGGUAG